CCGUUGAAAUUAUCGCUCAGCAAUUUGCAAAUUCAUACGACACGCACGAAGGCUCUUAAUUCCGAUAAUCCGAGCAUAGCCGACGCAGACACAGCUUUGUUCGACAGACUUCCACCGACUGCUAUCCUAGAUCACCUCAUCAAGUGGUCUUUCACUCAAAUCGGCGAAGACUACCCGAGUCAUCGGCCGGUAGCCCACUAG